AUGCCGUCAUACACAAAUAGGCGCAGCCCCGUGCGGUUAGCUGCCCCGUCCAGGCGCCUCCCGCCCUGGCCGCCGGUCGCGCUCUCUCCGGAGGAGCAGGCAGCGGCGAGGCAUCCAUCUGGAGCCCCCGCCGGGCGCCCGGCGCUGCAUGGUUGCCGGCCGGCUGAACGUGUUUCAAGGGUGCUCAAUUCCAAAGCCUUGUGCGCCUGCGUUCGAUCUGCCCCUUGUCUUUGCAACGACGAGUGCCAUCGUGCUUCUCCUGCUGGAGAUCGGGAGCAGAAAAAUCGUAAAGGAGCAGAAGGUUUGUGA